AUGCGCCCCCGCAGCGACGCCGCCCCGGACCCCGAGGCCCCGCGGCCGCCCGCGCCCCCCGGCCGCGCCUGCAGCCCGCUGCCCUGGGCGCUGAGCGCCGCGAUGCUGCUGCUCGCCGGCACCUGCGCCGCCUGCGCGCUCCGCGCCUGGGUGGUCCCCGGGCCCCGGCUCCCCGCGCUCCCCGCGCUCCCCGCGCCCCUGCCGGACGCCGGCGCCCGCCUCCCCGACUCCCCGCAGGCCGUGUUCGCGCAGCUGGUGGCCCGAGAUGUACAGCUGAAGGAAGGACCCCUGCGCUGGUACAGUGACCCGGGCCUGGCAGGUGUAUUCCUGGGGCCGGGCCUGAGUUAUGACCAGCACACUCGGGAGCUGAUGGUGGUGGAACCCGGGCUCUACUAUGUUUUCUUGCACCUGAAGCUGCAGCGGGUAAUGUCCAGCACGGGCUCCGGCUCUGUCUCUGCUGCCCUGCACCUGCAGCCACUUGGCACCGAGGCUGCAGCCCUGGACCUGACCUUGGACCUGCCUCCACCAUCCUCGGAGGCCCGUGACUCAGCAGCUGGUUUCCAGGGCAGCCUGCUGCACCUGGACGCAGGCCAGCGCCUCCGUGUUCACUUGCGAGCUGAGGCAGGGGCCCACCCUGCCUGGCAGCUGGCACAAGGUGCCACGAUCUUGGGCCUCUUCAGAGUGGCCACCAAAGUCCCCACUGGACUCCCCUCGUCAUGGCCCAUGGACACGGGGCCUGGGUCCCCGCCCCUGGAUGGAGAAUGAAUGCUGCCUUCUUUUAUUGGGGCUCUUGGUGAUGCCUCGCUACUCUACCUCACCUGGCUUGGCAGGGGUCCCCGCUGCUGAUCCCCUCCUCGAGGACUCUCCAAGUCGCUCUCCCAUUCCUGCCCCCAGUUGAACUUUGGGUAUUUAUUCUGAGCCUGAGCUCAACAGUGUACUUUAUAUUAAUCCAUUCAAUGUAUAUUUAUUGAACAUCUGCUGUAUGUAAGGCCUGCUACAGGGCUGGAGAAACAUCAGCAAACAAAACAGAUAAAAAAAAAACUUUAUUUAUGUUAAUAUGUGAGAAAUAAAGACUCAUCCCCAGACCUGCUAUGGCAUUCAAGGCACUAGUCUUCAGGGCUCUGUGUGACUAUGCUGUGUGAGCAUCAUUCAUGAAAGUUGUUUUGAGCAUCUCCUGUGUGUCAGGCACUGUUUUAGGUGUUGAAGACACAGCUGUGAACAAGACAGGUAGCCCAGCAUUUUGCCAAGCUGGCAGUCAGGUAUGCCUGCUUGACACUAGGACUAUGAUUGUGCGUGACCCUGUGUGACCGGACCACAUGGGAGACUGUGAGAUGGUGUGUGGUACUGGAUUAUACGAUACUUAGAAACUUCCUGACUACAAAGUAUUGAGCCUCUGCUGUAUGCCAGACAGCGUGAGUUAUCUUAUUUGAGACCUAACUACCCUAUGCUUCAGGGACUUCAUUCCCGUUUUGUUUUUCUCUAUGCUGGUGAUGACCUAUUUGUAUCUGCGUGGCGGAAGUACUGUGUAACGUCGUUCUGCAGGACCUUGCUUGCCAACUCUGUUCAGUGACCUCAUGCUGGGAACUUAAAAUCGGCCAGGGGCAUCUGCAAAUGUUCCAGGUUGACUUCAUGUAUUGUGUGUAGAUCAUUUAUUUAAGACAACGAUGGAGAAAUUGUGGAUUAAACAUGUAGAUUAAACUUGAAA